AUGUCUCAGGCUUACCCCUCCCUCCUGUGGCACGAGACCUCUCCUGGGCUAUGGCAGCGAGACGUCGACGAGGCAGAGAAAUUCUACUAUUCACUUGCGAAAAGGUAUGAAGGCUGCGGGCGAAUGUUCUUCGCGAUAACAGGUCACUUGUCCCUGAGCGUGGACAUUCCUGAAGGACAAAGCCAAGAGGCCGUUGCACAACGCUUCGAGACCGCCUUGAGGCACGGAUGGCUCGCCUUACGAUAUGAACAUCCAACCAUUGCGUCCCGCGUCUCUCACAAUCCAGCCACAGGACAAGUCACCAAGAGCUACCGCACCCGCCUGACUGGUCACGACGCCUGGCUGGCGGAGACGUUUGUCCCUAUUGGAACAGGGGAGGCCGGGGAGGAAUGGGCCAACAGUGACCCUCCGGCGCCAAAGGUUCCAACACUAUUCGUUGUGAAGCCACGGGAAAUUCCCACCGGGCCAGCGACCUCAAGUAUUAUACGCGCUGAUCUUGUGCUGCGCUCCCCACACGAGAUUGUGGACGGCAUUGGAACUCUCCACAUGUUCAACAACCUGAUGCGACUCGUCGCAGACGCAUACGACGCAGGAAGCACAUACGAAAUACCGAGGUUCGACGGUUCCGAGAUCAAAAACCUCAGCCCUCCGUUCCGUGUCGCCGCGAAUGUCCCGACCGAAUUGACGGAUCGCCAAAAACAGCACCUUGCUGAACAGAAUGCACACAAAGCCGCGGCUUCGCAGGACGACGGGGGUAUCAAGGUCCUUGCACUCCCUUAUCAGCACGGCCCUGUUGCACCUGGCAGGCAUCAACGUAUCGCGCUGGACUUCUCCGAGCGCGACACAGCAGCUCUCGUCGCGGCCUGCAAGAGGCUGAAGGCCACCGUCACGCAAGCGUUCCACGCAGCGAUCGCCAUGGCCGUUCGGGAUAUCCAAGACAGGAGGGCUGAGGCGCAGCGAGUUCGAUACGUCAACUACAUUCUUCGUAACGAACGCAGGAGCUGUGUCGAGCCGUACAACACCCCGAAACAUGCUGUUUCGGUCUACCACUCAGUUUCGGGCCGUGCAUUGACGGUGGAUAUGACUCUGCCAGCCACGGGGGAGACCGCCGAUCCUGCCGACCGGGCUGACGAGUUCGGGUCCAUAGUAGAGAAGAUGAGAAAUUUCUACGAGGCCGUGCGGGAUGAUGCUGAUCACUACGCAUUGUCACUGCCCAUCUGGGAGGCUGGGUGCCCCGAGCUGCCAAAAAACGACACGUUGCCACCUGUUCCGUCUCCGAACCCGAAGCCUUCUGUCUCGAUCUCGAGCAUGGGAAACGUUGAUGCGGUCAUUGCGUCAAAGCAUGGCCAGAUCGAGGUCGAUAAGCCUUGGGUAACCGGAGAGGAGCUCGGAAACGGGCUUGGGUUGUUCCUGGGCACCUUCAGAAGCAGGAUGAGCCUCAGUGCUGCCUACAAUGACGCCUGGCACAGCAAGUCAGAGGUGGAAGAUUUCGUGUCUCGUUGCAAGGAUAUCGUAUUGGCAGGAUUGGGACUAUCGGAGGGAUCUGACUAA